AUGAAUGACCGUAUCAUCACCCCUAUACGCCUAAACGUGAAGGUAUCAAACAGGGAUCAAUACGCUGGAGCAAAGACAACCAUCGACUCGGCAUGCGAAGGGGUUAUAGUAAAUGAGACAUGGGUCAGGAGACAUCACUUCCCCACCUAUACGCUCAACAACCCUAUUCGUGUCCGGAACGUUAAUGAUACCAUUAAUAAAGCAGGUCUCAUCCAAUCCGCCUUGGAUAUGUUUAUCUCCAAUCUAGGGAAAGACGAUCUUAUCCUAGGAACAGAUUGGCUAAUGUACCACAAUCCCUCCAUCGAGUGGAGGCAACGUGAAGUGCACUUUGAUCGGUGCCCCCAGAAAUGCCACCAACCACACAGCGAGCGCGAAAAACAGGGCCUAGAACAUCUCCGAAGACUAUCGGAAGAUGUAGGACUCUGCGACCAUAGCGGGACGUUUGGUGUCCAACUACGAGCAUACCUCAAACGGAAAUGGCUCCUACAGGACAUAAGGAAAUAUGCAGAAGAGAAACGAAAGGCUCAAAUUAAGCCAUCUCUUUCACCAAACGAGGGGGAACCUGAUCUCCCAGAUAAACCAUCAGGAAAACAGGCCACAGAGGGACCAGUCAUUCGGAAACUGGCUCCCGAACCGUCAGGAUUUGCCAGUUUCGACCAGGACUUGGAGGACGAAAUCGUCAUUACCAAUCUAAAGGAAAGAGUUCCUAAAGCACAUCACGAAUUUUUGGACAUCUUCAGCGAACGAAAGUCGCAGUGA